ACAAGUCCACCCUCCAACCCCACGGCACGGCGACGCAGCUCGCUCGCUGUCGCUGAUAAAUUUUCAUCUCGCUUCCCCCUAGCUUUGCCGCGCCCGGCCCCUAACUCCUCCACGUAUUCUAUUCUCCCGGGCCGAACCAAUUCAACGCGCUGCGCGUGUGUCGGGCGGGGGUGCAGAUAUAAGCCAGCCGCGCCCUGAGGCCGAACCAGUACACCCGCACACGGAGGCAGAGCACAGCACAGCACAAGCAGAGCACAGCAGCAGAACAAGAGGCGUAGUAGCAGAGCACAGCGCGGCCAUCACAUCACAUGCGCGCAGGCGCAGCGGCGCGGAGGCAGGCGCCGCAGGCACAUGCGAAGGUACCGCGCAGCAGCUCUCGUUCAAUGAGCGGCGCGGGCGCCGCCUUGUGUCGCCGGCUCGGGGUCGCGCUGCUGCUGCUUCUUGCCGCCGUUCUUGGAGCCGAGGGGAACGCGCAUAACUACGAGGACGCGCUGCAGAAGAGCCUGCUCUACUUCGAGGCGCAGCGGUCGGGGCGGCUCCCGCACAGCCAGCGCGUCGCCUGGCGCCACCACUCCGGCCUCACCGACGGUCUUGAGCAAGGGGUGGAUUUGGUGGGGGGUUACUACGACGCCGGGGAUCAUGUCAAGUUCGGGCUGCCGAUGGCGUUCACGGUGACGAUGCUGUCGUGGAGCAUGAUCGAGUACGGCACCGACGUCGCGGCGGCCGGUGAGCUCGGCCACGCUCUGGAGGCCAUCAAGUGGGGCACGGACUACUUCAUCAAGGCGCACACGAGGCCCGACGAGCUCUGGGCUGAGGUGGGCGACGGCGACACGGAUCACUACUGCUGGCAGCGGCCGGAGGACAUGACGACGUCACGGCAGGCGUACAAGGUCGACCGGGAGCACCCCGGGUCCGACAUCGCCGGCGAGACGGCGGCGGCCAUGGCGGCCGCGUCCAUGGUCUUCCGCGAAUCCAACCCGCACUACGCACACCUCCUCCUGCACCACGCCCAGCAGCUGUUCGAGUUCGCCGACAGGUACAGGGGAAAAUACGACAGCAGCAUCGCGGAGGUGAAGAGCUACUAUGCGUCGGUGAGCGGGUACAAGGACGAGCUCCUGUGGGCCGCCCUGUGGCUCCACCGCGCCACCGGCAGAGCCGACUACCUCGACUACGUCGUCGACAAGGCCGACUGCCUCGGCGGCACCGGCUGGGCCAUCACCGAGUUCAGCUGGGACGUCAAGUACGCCGGCGUCCAGAUCCUAGCAGCAAGACUGCUGCUGAGAGGAGAGCACGCGACGCAUCACAGGAGCACGCUGGAGCAGUACAAGGCGAAGGCGGAGCACUACGUGUGCGCGUGCCUGGGCCGGAACGGAGCUGGCGGCGCGGACGCAAACGUGGAGCGCAGCCCCGGCGGGAUGCUCUACAUCCGGCAGUGGAACAACAUGCAGUACGUGACAAACGCCGCGUUCCUCCUGUCCGCCUACUCCGACUACCUGGCCGAGGCCGGCGUCCGGACCGUGGCGUGCGCGGGCGGCGAGACCGUGGCGGCCGAAGAGGUGUUCGCGCUCGCAAGGGCGCAGGUGGACUACGUGCUGGGAACCAACCCCAGGGGCAUCAGCUACCUCGUCGGGUACGGCGGCAAGUACCCCAAUCGGGUGCACCACCGAGCCGCGUCCAUCGUGCCGUACAAGCACAGCAAGGAGUUCAUCGGAUGCACGCAGGGGUUCGAUCACUGGUUCGGACGGCGGAGCUCCAACCCCAACGUCCUCGUCGGCGCGAUAGUCGGCGGGCCGGACCGGCGGGACAGGUUCAGGGACAACCGGGAAAACUACAUGCAGACGGAGGCGUGCACGUACAACACGGCUCCGAUGGUCGGCAUGUUUGCGAAGCUGAACCGGAUGGCUCGGCAGGAGAGGGAACAGGGGUCGACGCCGGUGACCUCGACGGCGGCUGAGGUGUAAAUAGAUAGGAUGUAGAGGGGGCCGUACAAUUUUCCCCAUUCGUUGGUUCAAUUUUUUUGAGCUUUGAAUUUCAUUUUUACACAGAUUGAGAUGAUUGUAUACAAGAAAGAAAAGAAAAGAGGGUGGAGGCAUUGCCAUGCAAUGUAAAUUCGUUACCAGUACAGACGAGGGGAAAGUGACAUGAUUAAUUUAUCGGGGAUUUUUUUUUGUUUGUA